UUUGAUCUUUGUCUCAACAAACACAAGGCAAAUCCUCUUCCACUGAGAGAGAGAGAGAUUAGUAACACAAGAAUCAGAGCUUUCAGAGAGAAGACUAGAGAGAGAGAGAGAGAGAGAGAGAUGGAGUUCCCAGUCAUCAACCUUGAGAAGCUUAAUGGUGAGGAGAGAGCUGCCACCAUGGCUAAGAUCAAAGAUGCCUGUGAAAAUUGGGGAUUCUUUGAGUUGCUGAACCAUGGAAUAGAGCCAGAGUUCUUGGACAGAGUUGAGAGUAUGACAAAGGGUCACUACAGAAAAUGCAUGGAGCAAAGAUUCAAAGAAAUGGUGGCCAACAAAGGCCUCGACGCCGUCCAAACUGAGAUCAAAGAUAUGGACUGGGAGAGCACCUUCUUCAUCCGUCACCUCCCUGACUCAAAUCUUGCUCAGCUUCCUGAUCUCGACGAUGAACACAGGGCUGUGAUGAAGGAAUUUGCAGCAAAGCUGGAGAAACUGGCGGAGGAUCUUUUGGACCUGUUGUGUGAGAAUCUUGGGCUCGAGAAAGGUUACCUGAAGAAGGCGUUCUAUGGGUCCAGGGGUCCAACCUUUGGCACCAAGGUUAGCAACUACCCACCAUGUCCCAAGCCAGACCUGAUCAAGGGACUCAGAGCCCACACAGACGCUGGUGGCAUCAUCUUGCUAUUUCAAGAUGACAGGGUCAGUGGCCUUCAGCUCCUGAAAGAUGGGCAAUGGAUUGAUGUGCCUCCUAUGCGCCACUCCAUUGUUGUUAACCUUGGAGACCAGCUUGAGGUGAUUACGAAUGGCAAGUACAAGAGUGUCGAGCACAGAGUUGUCGCUCAGACAGACGGUACCAGGAUGUCAUUAGCUUCAUUCUAUAACCCUGGAAGUGAUGCAGUGAUCUACCCUGCUCCAGCUUUGGUGGAGAAAGAAGCAGAAGAGAAGAAGCAAGUCUACCCGAAAUUUGUGUUUGAAGACUACAUGAAGCUCUAUGUUGGGUUGAAAUUUCAGGCGAAGGAGCCAAGAUUUGAAGCCAUGAAGGCUGUGGAAAAUAAUGUCAAUUUGGGUCCAAUUGCUACUGCUUAAUUAUAAAUUAUUAUUAAUAUUAUUUUAAUUUUAGGGGAGAGAGAGGAAAAAAUAUUAGGGAGUGUUUAUUAUUAUUAUUAUUAAUUAUUAAGUGAUAUUUGUUGUGUCAUCAAAGAAGAAGAUGAUAUGUGUUUUCUUGUAUUAGUCUCAUCAUCAGUUUGUUAUCUGUAGAAAAAAAAAAUUACCACAGUUGCUUAGAGAUGAUAAUAAAAUUUAUUUUUCUAAGAAA